CGUCUGCCGCUGACACACCAGUGAUCCUAUUGGUCAACUGAUAUCACGUGUCACUGUUCCAGCUUCGCGCACGCUGAUUCUCCACAGCGGCUGAACGGUGGACGGCUGCAUCUUUGUCGCAGCGCUGACCAACUGGAGCAGCAUUCCUCUGCCACAUAUAGACCAACACUGCCAAACUGAAGAACUACUUUGUAGCCGUUAUGCCGCCUCCCAUUCGUCAUCGCUCCAUGCGCAUCUUUGUGAACGACGACCGCCAUGUGAUGGCCAAACACUCCUCCAUCUAUCCCACCCAGGAGGAGCUGGAGGGGGUGCAGAACAUGGUGUCCCACACUGAACGUGCCCUCAAGGCUGUCUCUGAUUGGCUGGAUGAGCAGGAGAAAGGAAAUGCCAAUGUGAAUGCUUCGGAGUCCGAUGGAGAUGGCGAGAAAGAGAUUGAUCUAAAGUCAAUGGAGCACCCCACACGUUCCCUGCGUGGAGUCAUGCGUGUGGGGCUGGUAGCUAAAGGUCUCCUGCUGAAGGGAGAUCUUGACCUAGAGCUUGUGCUGUUGUGCAAAGACAAACCCACCAUCACCCUGCUGAAGAAAGUGUCUGAGAACCUUGCUGUGCAGCUUAAGGUCGUCACAGAAGAAAAAUAUGACGUUAAACCAUGCAUCCGCGAUGCCACUAUUGUCAUCAAAAACUCUAAGGAGCCACCGCUGACCCUCACCAUUUAUCUGACUUCACCUCUCGUGAGGGAGGAGGCUGAGAAGCAGGCUGCCGGAGGUAGGUUUGAAAUCACGUGCCUUAUGGUUCCUCUAACCACCCCACAACCCCAGAGACAGCAAGAUGGGAUGAUGGACUCAGGCAGGGAUAUUGUUUAUUGGGCCUUCAAUGGAGCUUGGGGAUAUUGUGUUCAGACUAGUCAUGUAACACAGAUUGUUAUGUUAACUUUUAUCAAAGGUUCAGGCAUUUGUGACCCUUGCGAAAAGGAGCCAACAGAUGCCAUUGGUCACAUGGAUCGCCAGCAGCGGGAGGACAUCACCCAGAGUGCUCAGCAUGCCUUAAGGCUUUCAGCUUUUGGACAGCUGCACAAAGUGCUCGGUAUGGACCCGCUUCCUUCAAAAAUGCCUAGAAAACCAAGGAGUGAGACACCUAUUGACUAUACAGUUCAAAUCCCACCCAGCACAACCUACAUGCCGCCAAUGAAACGCCCCAUAGAGGAGGAGGAGGCUACUGAUGACAAGAAUCCAAACAAGAAGAAGAAGAAAUUGCAAAAGAAAUCUCCAGAGGAGAAGGCAGAGCCGCCACAGGCCAUGAAUGCCCUGAUGCGUCUGAACCAGCUGAAGCCGGGUCUACAGUACAAACUCAUCUCUCAGACUGGGCCUGUUCAUGUGCCGGUGUUUACUAUGGCUGUAGAGGUGGACGGAAAGAACUUUGAAGCAUCUGGUCCCUCCAAACGCACUGCGAAACUACACGUAGCUGUCAAAGUGUUGCAAGAUAUGGGUCUGCCAACGGGAUUGGAGCAAAAGAUAGCUGAACUGGUGAAACAGGAGGAGCCGGUGACCACUCAGGAGACUUUGCCCGCUGUGACCCAAAUGGAGCCAGAAACAGCACCAACCGCUGACAGCCCCACUGACGAGAGUGCUAAACAGCAGGGGCCCAUCCUAACCAAGCAUGGAAAAAACCCUGUCAUGGAGCUCAACGAAAAACGCAGAGGACUGAAGUACGAGCUCAUCUCUGAGACCGGUGGAAGCCACGACAAGCGCUUCGUCAUGGAGGUGGAGAUUGACGGACAAAAAUUUCAGGGUGCCGGAUCCAAUAAAAAGGUGGCAAAGGCCUACGCAGCACUUGCAGCCCUGGAGAAGCUCUUCCCAGAAGGCUCCAACUCCGAGGCAAACAAGAAGAAGAAAAUGCCUCCAAUGCACCCCGCUGGAUUUGGGAUGGUGAGUGGGCCGCCUGCUGACAUGGCAAUCAAUCCCAGGGGCAGAGGAAGAGGACGUGGCAGGGGCCGAGGUCGUGGAUUUAAUGGUGGAGGAUUCAAUCAAGGUACAGUUCCAUUGCUGUCUGAAAGCAUCGCUUUGCAUUAG